AUGCCCUUAGUUCCUGAUGGAAAUAGUGUACCAUCUGCUCAAUGCCUUCAUUUUAACAUAGAGAUGUAUCGCAACCGCAAUGCUGAUCUUAAUGUAAGCCGUGAUUUAUGCGACACUUCCUCUCAUGAGCACUUUGAGGAAUUUUUAUUCUCAGAUCUGCAGAUAAAUGUGAUUCUCGAUAACCUAACACCCAGUCAGGAAAGCGUGCUCAAUACUCAACCUAUUAUUAUUAUUCUUAGAAGAGAUGCUAGACGAUUUUUCACUUAUACCUUUCACAGAACGACCAUUUUCUCCUGUCAAUAUCUGUAA